ACAACCCUGCACGAAAAAACGCUGUGCACACAACGCAGGUACAUCCACGACUGAAAAACCUAACCGAGAGAAAAAUAUUACUUCUGACCGCUGCAAGAAUAGAAAAAACACCUUUGUUGGGGUUUUACUAUAGCCAACACGAUGACGAGAGUUACGAGAAGCGAUAUCUCGCUGGACAUGGAGGUCUGGGUGGAGGAGUUGUCGCCGGCACAGUUGGCGUACUACGAAAAAAUUACCAACGAACACAAUGCGGUAAAAGGCGCGCUCAAGAACGCCGUGUCGGCCAAUGAAGGAAAAGAACUCUUCAACGGACAGGUUUUCCAAGCCUACUCCUUCAAAGGAAAGGUGCUGCAGGACCUUAAGGAAGCCACUCUACCCAAAAAGCCACCCAAGCCGGCUGAACCCUCCGUAACCCCCUCGGCACCAGCCUCAGGCUCUGGUAGGGGGCGGGGCCGACCGCGCUCUUCUUCGAAUAUAGCAUACUUGGAAACGUCUGACGAGGGCGAGGACGAUGUUCCGCUGGCCAAGCGACUAGCCCUGUCUGCCGGCAAAAAGGCAGUGUCAUCCACAAGCCCCAUACCUUCAACAAGUCCAAAGGUGGGCAGACCUAAGGGAUCAGGUGCGGGAUCUGUAGCCUCUUCUUCAGGCAAAGAGUCGCCAAAACUGAAGGCGAAACUUCCUAAGGACUCUAAGCAAGAUUUGGAUUCUCCUCCGAAAAAUUACCGUCCCGCAGAGGUUAACUCGGUGGGUGGGCUGGUGGUGGGAAGCUCAGAUGACAAUAAGGAUAAGGACAGCAAAGACGGAAAAGACAAUAAGAUGCAGGGCAAGACUUAUCCGUCACUCGUCGUCCUCGCCAAGCCCUUCCUUAAAGUCAAGGACAUGGCUGCAACGCGCAGCAAGCUCGACUCAAAGGUCAAGCUCGUGCUUAUGCUUACACCUAACAAGUUCUGCGAGUGGCUGCUUCAGGAGGGCCUUCUCAGGGCCCAGCAGCACUGCAUUAAUCACCGCAACAACGAGCUUAAGUUGGGAAUCUACUCGGAUGUUACUAAGUUCCCCUACACCGGUGGAUAUGUGUGGAUCAGCGACUGCUGUCCCUAUCGGUUUGUUUCCGUUUUCAACAAUUCAAUUUUUGAAGGCGCACAGCACCCACCUACGUUUCUGUUGAAACUAAUCUACCAUUGGGCCUGCCAGACCAGUAUCCAGAAUGUGGUGCAAUGGGUUAAGGUCGACAGCGUUUAUAUCAAGGGAAUAUAUACCUGGCUGAGAGCCAUUUGCACCCUGGCAGUACAUCAGAAGUGCAAGAAGCUAGGUGGUCCUGGAAAGUUUGUUGAGGUGGGUGUCAUUUCUUUGGGUACCACUUCGCAAGACGGUUCACAACGCCAGGUGAAGGUAGAGGUGUUGGGUGUCUACGACUAUUCGGAGAAAUCUAUUCGUUUGAGGGCCGUGGAGCCCAUUACCGAUGGCGAUCGCAACUACAAAAAACGUUUCCAAGCCAUCCUGGAGCCACUGUCGCGUUGGGUGCACAAGGACAGCACCAUAUGCAUCGACUUGACCGUCGACAAGAUAACACUGUUUAGCAUGGGAUUCAAGAAUAUCGUUCAGGCAGCGGCCACCGACAAUACGGCCAAGCAUAACAACUCGGCAGUGAUGGAAUAUCUGCGACGCAUCGUGCCCCGCAUGUUCCAGAACACUUUGUCGCUACUUUCGCGGCAAAUGAUUCAGCAGUUUUUGGACGAACUGGUCUGGCGUGAAUCUUUUGGAACGUACGCGCUGCAGGCAUUCAACAACAUCAUUACCCACAUAGCCGAACAGACAAGAGUCACCACCAAUGAGACCAUUACCCAGCGACUGUAUCAGGUGGCCACAAAUCCGUUUAAGGACUGGAGUAUCCUGCCAGCCAAUUACAAGGAGACUCCAGCAAACGCGGCACCCAAGCGGCUCAAGAAACCCAUUAACGAUGCGGACUAUAUUGUUUCGGCCAAGAUCCCCAAGAAGGAAAAGGAUAAAGAACGCGAGCGGGAUCGGGAUCUAUUGCCGUCGGGAAGCAAGAGGAGAGGACUAAGUACUCCGCCGCCAAUGCCGGAGAAGCGAAAGGGUCCUGGGCGGCCUCCGGGUAGCACAAACCAACCCAAAGGUGACAAAGCCUUGCCCCCGAAAGUAUCCGGACCAGCAUCAGUCCAAAAAAUUCCGGGUAAGAUGGGAAGACCCCCGAAAGAAAAGGGGGAGGAAAAGGGACCGGUGGGCAUCAAAAAAGAAGAGGAAGAGCUCAAGGGCCUGGAGGAGCUGUACUAUGGCAUCAGCGAUGGAUCGGAGGAGUUUUAUGAAGCCUUCCCCUACACUUCACCGAGAACCGCCCAGGAGAAUCUGGCCAAGACGGUGGAGUGCCCGAUCUGCCUCAACGGCGAUUCGUUCGACUCCAGCGAGAAGCUGCAGACCCAUUUAGUCUCCCACAUUUCUCCAGAAGGCAAGCAGCAUCAGUUCCAGUGUCUGUUCUGCCUCGAGAAGCACCCUACAGAGUCGGUUCUGGCCAAGCACAACCAGAUCAUGCAUCCUACCGAGACUAAAAACGAGGGUUCCCCCUCUUACUACUGUCUCAUCUGCCAGCAGCGCCACAAUUCACUGCACUUGCUUACGGCCCAUCUGCAGAAGGCGCACAGCACCCUGGAGCUGCCAUACUGGUGCCACGCCUGCGGCUACCGCUCAUCCUCCCAUCGCGAUCUGGUGCGCCACUUCUACGAUGACCACAAGAACCAGAACUUCCUGCAGUGUCCCUACUGCCUGGACAUAUUCUAUUUCUCCAAGCGCGGUGUGGUGAACCAGCUGCGCAUCGAGCACUACUUCCUGCAUUUGGACGAGCAUAUUAACCAGCGAGAUGGAUCGCUGCGCUGCCAGAAGUGCUCCUUGUCCUUCUUGGAGAAGGGAGAUCUGAAGCAGCACUCGGUGCAGCAUCAUGUUAGCAUGACCAAGACCAGCAGGCCUGUGCGAUUGUUGCUCAACAACUCACUGCUGAUUCCACCGCCCAAGACACGCACCCAUCACCGUGAGCAGCCUCCCUUCUCCAGCUACAAGCGGCCAGUUUUCUUCGCCUUCCUAGAGGGCAAAAUCUGCGCCGAGUGCAACACCGACUUUGCCAGCGAGGAGACCCACUACACGGGCUGGCUGCACUGCGUCAAAUGUAAUUACCAGACCUGUUGUGAGCGCGCUCAGUUCCGACACGGAGUCGACUGCAAUGGAAACUUUGUGGACGCCAUGGAGGUCAAUAUGCCCCAGGAGAUGCAUUGCAUUUGCGGUUUCGCUACUGGCAACGGUAAUAAGAUGGCCCAGCACUUGGCCAAUUGUGGCCUCAGCACCUGCUACCCGACUCUGGAGGCAGCUAACGAGAAUGCCGUCAAGCGCAAUAUGCUGGACAUGUUGGGUUUGGUGCGCCGCGACGGGGAAACCUCCGGUGAGGGUGCCGAUAUGAGCGAAGCCACCGACGAGACUGGCGAUCAGACCACCAGCGAAAUCAUGCAGUCCCAGGACGAUUCACAGCUGCAGCAUCAGCAAUUGGAGCAUCAGCAGCAACACCAGCACCAGGUGCAGCAGCAGCAGCCACAGGAACCGCAGCCAGAGCUCCAGCAGGAGUACUUAUCGGCGCCGGUGGAGCACGAGCCUGUACAGAAUCUUCCAGUACAUCAGGGAAUACCCGUGCAGCAGCCAGGGCCCAUCCAGUUCGGCGAGAUGGAAGCAGCUCCCGUGCUGAUGGAUCCCCAGGUGCAGCAGGUGCAGCCGACUCCGGACUACGCCCAGGUGUCUGUAGUGCAACAGCACCAGCAUCAGCAGCAGCCAUAUGGAAUGAGCAACUACGGCCAGAGUACUCUCGCCACGGACAUUGACAUGCCGCUGAUUGGGGAGUUGGCUGAGCCCAAUGCUCCGCCCACACCACAAUUCCUGGGAGAAGUACACACGCCCAUGUUUGAUGCGGUAGCUGCUGCCGAGCAGCAGCACUAUCACGCUCAGCAGCACCACCACCACCCGCAAUGAUACAAGUCUCCAGGCAAGCUAAAGUCGAGGGACUACACUCUCCACUGGCAGAACUACUAAACGGCCAGCUUUCACGAAAGAAAUUGUAAUGUAUUGCGAACAGUAUCUUAAGUUGCAAUAUAAAAAAUGAAAUUAUAAAAAAAGAAGACACAUUAAUGUUGUUGCAAACGUUUAAAUUGUAUAGCAUUUAGUUAAGCACAUUUUACACAAAAAAGUAAUAUUUGAAAUCUCAAUUGCACAAUGUCGGACUACACUGGAGAAACAUGUUUUAAUUUCCUACAAAAUGGAAGCAAAAUAACCAUGCAGAACUGUGUAAGAAUUCAUCCAUUUUGAGAUCCACAAUAUCUUUUAAAAAUACUGCUCUAUAAAAUAACCAAUCAUUUAGAUUUUCGAUACUAACCAUUUGUAAAUGACGCAAAAUUCAUUGUUCUUUAAAAAUAAAUCUAUCUACGAAUCCUUA